UCUUUCUUUACUCUUAAAUUCUCUCUAAAUCUCAGUUUUUAACUUUUUCUUUUGUCUCAUGAUUUGUCUUGGCUUAUCUUAACAAGCAAAUAUCCACUGAAAAUGGUGGUCUAAGUUUGACAACAGAAGAAAUUCAGUAGUAAAAUUCAGUCAAGAAUUAUUUGUCUUUUUUCUUUCAAAUACAUUUUUUACAGACCCCCACCAUGCACAUUCCAGGAAUCUGUCAUUAAGUAAGACCAGCUCUUGUUUGAUUCCUGAGUCUAAGAAGGAAGACAAAACCAAGAACCCACUUUGAGAAGCAAAUUUCUGAAGCAGUUGAGUAAUGGGUUCUUAGAAUUUAUCCUUGUUUUGAUAAAUUCAGGUAAGCUUCACAAACCCCUUUUUCUUCCAUUAUAUUUUCUGCAAAUUCUGAUUUCUGGGGGUGUUAAAAGAUGAGGGAUUUUCCAUCUUGUUUCGGUGAAAAUGGAGUUCAAAUCAUAGAUUCUUCUUCAUCUAGCACUACUACUACUAAAGCUGCACAAAAUUUGGUUACAUGUAUUUAUCAGAGUACAUUACAAGGAAUGUCAUGUUUGAUAAAUAUAACAUGGAGUAAGAAUUUGAUGGGUCAAGUUCUUAGUGUUGGAAUUGAUGAUUCUACUACUAAUCAUUGUCUAUGCAGAGUUGAUAUAAAACCAUGGUUAUUCUCUAAAAGGAAAGGGUGUAAAACAUUAGAAUUAGCUAAUAAGAAGAGUAAAGUUGAUAUAUAUUGGGAUCUUUCUUUGGCUAAAUUUGGAUCUGGACCUGAACCACUCGAAGGAUUCUAUGUAGCUAUUGUGUUUGAUAAAGAAAUGGUUCUUUUACUUGGGAAUUUGACUAAUGAGGCUUAUAAAAAGGCUAACUUGGAACCAAAUAGCUCUUUUAAUGGGAUUGUUAUCGCAAAAAGGGAACAUAUUUUUGGGAAGAAAGUUUAUUGUACUAAGGCUCAGUUUUUCGACAAUGGAUUAAUCCAUGAUCUCAUAAUUGAGUGUGAUACUGUUGGCCUUAGAGAACCUUGUCUCGUCAUACAGGUUGAUAGUAAAACUGUGAUGCAAGUGAAGAGACUAAGAUGGAAAUUUAGAGGGAACCAAACAAUUUUAGUUGAUGGGAUCCAUGUAGAGGUGUUUUGGGAUGUUCAUAGUUGGCUGUUUGGUGCAGUAGGAAAUGCAGUUUUCAUGUUCCAGACUUGCUUAGCGGCUGAGAAGUCAUGGGCUACUAAUAAUACCUCUACCGACUCCUCGUUCAAAAGAAAUACUUUGUCUGACUCAUCUGCUACACCGUGGUCCUGCUCUGAGACUUUUAGAGAAUCACAAAUGCAAGGUCUUGGUUUUUCGUUAGUAUUAUAUGCUUGGAAGCACGAGUAAGGUUAUGUUUCCUCAGCGAAGUGAUGAUAUAUAUGGGUAGAAUUACUCUGAAAAAGAUUACAUGUAAGUUGCUUCAUGUGUUUUUAUCCGUUCUGGAAAUUUUCUUUUCAAAUUAAUUCGAUUUGUUUCUAUGAUAAGAAAUGUCUUGUUUCUGUUCAUUUAUUCGGUAUAUUAGUCGUUUCUAUGGAAAAACUCAUGUGGAUUUUGGUGUAUGAUUUGAAAAGUAUGUAAACGUUACUGAAAUGCCACACUUUUAGCUAUUCAUUGCAUUCUGGUCUUCUUUACCUA